AUGUUGGUCCAAGCUCGCAGUCUCGAGCAACUUGCCGUCGAACUGCUGAAGCGCAGUGGCUCUACUGCCACGGAGGCUGGUGUGGUUGCGGCCAACCUGGUUGAGUCGAAUCUGAAGGGGGUUGACAGUCACGGGGUCGGGUACUUGCCGCGGUACGUGCGUAGCGCGCUUUCCGGCAACCUGAACGUCAAUGCUCCCUUAAAAGUACUAGACCAUGACAACUCCACCACGAGCGUCUCGCCUAUCCUGCAAGCCGACGGCGAUCUGGGCUUUGGGCAAGUCCAGGGGCGAAGGGCCAUGCGGCUCGGAAUAGAGCUGGCGAAAAAUCACGGCGUGGCCCUGGUGGCCCUGAAGAACUGCCACCACUUGGGGCGCAUUGGAUCUUACGCGGAGCAGUGUGCUGGAGCCGGAAUCUGUUCAAUUCACUUCACAAAUGUGGCUGGACACCAACCCCUGGUUGCCGCAAGUCGAGGCGGCGAUGCCAGGCUGGGCACCAAUCCCUUCACAAUCGGUUGCCCACGAAGUUUCGGGCUCCCAGAGAACGUGGAUGGUGAUCUUCAUGCGACUAACGGUAAAUGUGAUGACAGUCCGCCCAUUGUCCUGGACUACGCGACGAGCGCCAUGGCGCUCGGGAAGGUUCGGGAGUACCUCGGGCGCGGGGAGGAGCUGCCAAAUUCCGACAUCGUGCUGGACGCGGAAGGGCGGCCGACGAAGGAUCCGAAGGUUAUGUUUCCCCCGGGGAACUCCACCGUAACGACGGCGUCGAAAGCCGAUAGUACUGUGACCAAGGAUUGUUCCACUUCAAACGACAGGGACUGGUUGCACCCGAAUAAAACCGGCGCGUUGCUGCCCUUCGCGGAUCACAAGGGGUAUGCGCUUUCGUUCCUGUGCGAAAUCCUCGGUGCGGUGUUUUCCGGAGGGAACACGAUCCAUCCGAAGUACCCGCGCGACCAAGGUUUGAUUAUCAACUCCAUGUUGACCCUACUCUUUGACCCUACGCAUUUACGAAGCAAGAGUGGAACUGGAACAAAUACAACCAGUGGACUUCCUGGUGCCAUCUCAGAAAGUCUUCGUACGUUUCAGGACGAAAUCCGCUCAUUGACCGAUUUCAUGAAACAAUCUGCGCCACGACCUGGUGAGACUCAUGAAGCAGGAGCGGAAAUUUCACAAGUUCUCGUUCCUGGCGAGUUGGAGGCGCAAGUCAUGGCCCAGCGGUUGCGCGAUGGUAUACCAUUGAGCGCGGGCACCCUCACCGAGCUACUCGCAGCCGGUGGUGCCGUGGGAAUCGAAGAGCCAACUGUCAUGUCAAUACUCGAAGGGAAGAAAACUGCGGUUAGUGAGGUGAGUGGUGCCACUAGUCGUGGUACAGAUGUGAAGGAUGAAGAGGAGAAGGACGCGAUUGUCUUCACUGGCAGGAACAAUUCUAAAAUGGACAAGGAGCAGAAAGAGAAAACUCGGUACGUGGGUCCUUCCAAUGAUGCGCUGUCGGAUGAACAACGACUAAUACAGGAGGAAAUCCUACGAACGCGACCACGAACCGGGCUCAGCGGGCCUUUCGGGCCAUGGCUGGCUUCGCCGGGCGUUGCUGAGACAGCACAGCGUCUCGGAAAAGCCGUCCGGUACGAUACAGAUUUCAAACCUCGGCAGUCGGAGUGCCUCAUUCUUUUGACCGCCGCGUGGACACGAAGCGAGAAGGAGUGGAGCAUCCACGAACCAGAAGCGCUUCAGGCUGGUGUUCCGCAGCCUGUGCUCGAAUUUCUUGGGCGUGUGAAGGACAUGGGUGGCCGGAGAAAUGUGCCAGCCAUACUAGCCGAGCUUGACGACUUGGCAGCAGAUGGAGAUGGCCUGCUGCUCAGAAUCGGUAUAGCGCUACUCCAGCACAGCGAUCUAGAUGAUGAUCUCUAUGCGGCUGGUAUCGAGGCAUUUGGUGAGAAAGGCAUGGUAGAGCUCGUCUCAAUCGUUGGCUACUAUCAGUACGUAGCGCUCACCCUGAAUGUUUUUCGCCCCCCAGUGUAAAUAUUCGAGUCGCAAAAAUCUCCAUAUCAAAGUGUUCACGCUGAGAAAGUGAAAUGAAUGUAAUGAAAACGAAA